CAUAACGCAAUUUGCUAUUGAAACGAGCAGACGAAUGAAUUUCAAUUUUAAAGUAUUGAAACUGCUGAAACAAUAUGAACGGUUCUAAAUUUCAUAUGAAUGAUGCAAAUCGUGAUCGAAUGAGAAAACGUGAUGCGUUUAAAGAUGGCAAGGGAGCUAAAGAGUACGAUGCAAGGGAUGUAUAUGGACCACAGAUAACUGACAAAGAUGGUGAACUAUUAGACAAACACGAUAGUUUCUAUAUCACUACAAAGAGCUUGCUGGUCCUGUUUCAGAUCAUGGGGGUAAUGCCUAUUAUGCGAGUUUCGAAAAGUGCGCAAACAACAAAACGAACCACAUAUAAUUGGAUAUCAAAAGCAACUGUGUGGGCGUAUCUCGUCUGGAGCUUGGAAAGUAUAAUAGUUAUAAAAGUGGGCAGUGAACGUCUCGCAAACUUCCAUGAAAACUCAAACAAGAGAUUUGACGAAGUUAUCUACAAUAUCAUCUUCCUCAGUAUAUUAAUUCCACAUUUCCUGAUUCCUGUCGCAUCCUGGCGACAUGGGCCACAGGUUGCCAUAUUUAAAAACAUGUGGACACACUAUCAGCUAAAGUUCUUGAAGAUAACGGGUACCCCUAUAAUAUUUCCCAACCUCUAUUCCCUUACUUGGGGUCUAUGCAUAUUCUCUUGGGCACUAAGUUUUGCCGUAAUACUUUCUCAACAUUACUUACAAGAUGACUUUGAACUGUGGCACUCAUUCGCAUACUACCACAUAAUUGCCAUGUUGGAUGGAUUUUGUUCACUCUGGUACAUAAAUUGUAAUGCAUUUGGGACUGCAUCCAAGGGUCUGGCAAUGAACCUUCACAAGGCCCUAGAGGCUGAACAUCCAGCUUUAAGACUAGCCCAGUAUCGACAUCUGUGGGUGGAUCUAUCACAUAUGAUGCAACAAUUAGGGCGGGCUUACUCCAACAUGUACGGAAUUUACUGUAUGGUUAUAUUCUUCACAACUACAAUAUCUUUAUAUGGCGUUCUAUCAGAAAUAUUAGAACAUGGCCUCAGUUAUAAAGAGAUGGGUUUGUUCGUAAUAGUUGGGUACUGUAUGACCCUACUCUUUAUCAUUUGUAAUGAAGCUUAUCACGCCACGAGAAAGGUUGGUCUGGAAUUUCAAAUGCGUUUACUAAAUGUUAAUCUGGGAGCCAUCGAUCGAAGCGCACAGCGGGAGGUAGAAAUGUUUCUAGUUGCCAUCGCUAAGAACCCACCAAUAAUGAACCUGGAUGGAUUCACUAACAUAAACAGGGAACUAUUUACUGCGAAUAUUUCAUACAUGUCGACAUACCUAAUUGUUCUGAUGCAAUUUAAGCUUACACUGUUGAGACACGGUACCAGGAAAAUUAUCAGAGACAUAACCAACGCUUUAUUUAACACUACGACUACGAGUGAUAUUGAAGAUUAUGAACAUGACCAGUAAA